AUGGCAGCACAUUCACAUUCAUUCACGACCCUCUUGCUUCUCUUAUCGUCUGUUUUCGUAGUGGCUCGUCCUCUCGUUCGGUCAUCAGACGUUACAUGGACUGCAUCGCCUUUCAAUCCAGCAGCUGUCCCACUCGCUGUACGCUCGCCCUACCUGUCUGCAUGGCUUGCUCAAGGCGGAGGAACCGCGUUGAAUGAAGCCUGGCCGACAUUCUGGACCGGUUCUAUCCUUGGAUGGGCAGGAUACAUCAACGUUGAUGGCGUGUCGUACAAUUUCCUCGGUUCACCUGCCGUGGCUGGAGCACAGAAGGCCGUCCAGACGAGCUUCGAGUUCACUUCCACCCAGAGCAACUUCACUCUGACAGCAGGUCCGGUUGACCUUACUGUAUCUUUUCUGAGUCCUGUAGAGCCGAAUGAUCUACUGAAACAGUCUCUUCCAUUUUCGUAUCUUGCGUUAUCGGCAGCCCCGAAUGACAAUGACGUCCACUCUGUUCAAGUAUACACAGAUAUCAGUGCAGAAUGGGUUUCUGGAGAUGAUAGCCUCGUUGUUAAUUGGACUACGACGGCAGGGAAUAUAAUCACUCAUCAAGUGCAAUUGGAAGAUCAAACGUUCUUUGGCGAAGUCUCCGAUCACAUCCAGCAGGGUUCGGCCUAUUACUCGACGUCUAACUCCUCAGGCGUGACGUACCAGACGGGCCAAGAUAUCGUCGUCCGCGCGCAGUUCAUCAACCACAGUACAUUGACGAACACCCAGGACACGAAUUUCCGCGCAGUUUCAGACAUGUGGCCCGUCUUCGCGUUUGCGCACGAUUUAGGCGACAUCUCCGGUCCUUCCGAGUCGGUGGUGUUCUCCGUUGGUCACGCUCGGGAUCCGGCGGUCGAGUAUCUGAUCGCGAACGACGCAGUGCAAAACAGAAGCUCUUACUUCUGGAGUGCAUUUUCCACAGCUGAUGAUGCUAUCUCGUCUUUCCUGGGAGAUUACAACGCCGCAUUGAUACGAGCACAAGCACUUGACGCACAGAUUAACUCGGACGCAUCUCAAAUCUCGUCGAACUAUUCCGCAGUGGUUGCAUUAUCUGUCAGACAAACUUAUGGAGGUAUUGAAAUCACCGUCUCCAAAAACAGCGCUGGCCAGCAUAAUACUUCCGAUGUGAUGGUAUUUCUGAAAGAGAUCUCCAGCGACGGGAAUGUGAAUACUGUGGAUGUAAUCUUCCCAGCUUGGCCGCUGUUCCUCUACGCCGACCCUAUCAUAGGAAAGAAUCUGCUGGUUCCUCUCUUCGCGUAUCAGGAGACUGGACAGUACCCUAAUGCCUUCGCUUUGCAUGACAUGGGCUCUGUAUACCCCCAGGCCUUGGGUCACAACGAUGGUAACGACGAGCACAUGCCCAUUGAAGAAAGCGGCAACAUGCUUAUUAUGACUCUGAGCUACGCGCAGCGCACCAACGACAACUCGCUCAUUACUGACUAUUACAAUCUCCUCGACCAAUGGGCCCAAUAUCUCGUUACCAAUACGCUCAUCCCAGGGGACCAAGUCAGCACAGAUGACUUUGCAGGUGCUCUCGCCAACCAGACAAACCUUGCCAUUAAAGGCAUCAUAGCCAUCAAGGCUAUGUCGGAGAUGGCUGCCAUAGUGGGCAACACUGCCAGUAGUGCAAACUACAGUUCCAUCGCUUCGUCGUACGUCCAGCAGUGGCAGCAACUAGCUACUUCGUCUGAUGGUCAACAUCUAACUCUUGCUUACGGAAAUGAUUCCACCUGGGGCCUUUCGUACAAUAUGUAUGCGGACAAGCUGCUGAAUACCAGCCUCAUCCCCAGUUCGGUGUAUGAAAUGCAGACUGCCUGGUACCCUACGGUUCUGAAUACUUACGGCGUGCCUUUGGACACACGUCACACAUAUACCAAGUCCGAUUGGCAGUUGUGGACCGCCGCUCUGGUAUCUUCUACGACUGUGAGAGACACGUUCGUCGACUCCGUAUACAAGUAUGCUGCCGACGGUCUCAAUUCGCAGCCCCUCGGGGACUGGUACGAGACCUUGAAUGGCGACGUUGAUGGGUUCAGAGCAAGACCUGUCGUAGGCGGUCAUUUAGCUUUGUUAGCCUUGUAA